AUGCUUUCCCUUACCAGAUCUGCGCGGGCUAGCUCGAGCCUCAUAACUCGAGCCAGUCGCAUGCAUGCUUCUUUCACCACUACUGCGAGAGUUUUAGGCCUUACGCCCAAGAGAGAAAUAACCGUUGACUCGGAGUAUCAGAGCGGUCUCGCCAUACCGGCUUCCAAACCUAACGAAUCUCGCCCUGUAACAAGCGAUGAAGGCUCUCCAAAACGCACGCGGUCGCCGAAGGCGCAUAGGACCUACGAGAUCUUUCGUAAGCUGGCAUUGACAAAGGUUGAGCAGUUCUUCAACAAAACUGGAAGCUGGCAGGAGCAGAGGGAGUCAUAUCAAUCCUUUGGCAUCGCCAGCUCCCUCAAAUUCGACCGCGAAACCAGACUCUUUAGAUCUGCCGUUGACAAAGCCUGCGAGCGUGCGUCGACUAAUGGCUCCAUUAGCCGCGCUGAGAAUCCCCUCUUCUGGCGCCUGCGAAAUGCCUUUGUGCAAGGAGACAUCAAGGGCUUGACGGAAGAGAUCAAAUACGCAUUCUUCAACUUCUUGAUGCGUUCUCGCUUCUCCCACGCCAUUACAGAAACCCACAAGAAAAUUGCCGACUUUCGCCACCCGCACGAAUGGUUUCCAGCCACUCGAGCUCUUCAACGCACAAUACACAUGCAUGUUGGUCCGACCAACUCGGGCAAGACAUAUAACGCUUUAAAGGCUUUGGAGAAUGCCAAGUCUGGCAUCUAUGCCGGCCCUCUGAGGCUGCUCGCCCACGAGGUGUUCUCCCGUCUCAACGCCAAGAACAAGGAGUGCGCCUUGGUUACUGGAGAAGAAAUGCGCAUACCAGAGUCGGACAACUAUUUUCGAAGUUGCACUGUCGAAAUGACACCACUUAACUACCAAAUGGACGUUGCAGUCAUAGACGAAAUACAGAUGAUUGGUGACGAAGAUCGAGGUUGGGCGUGGACGCAAGCCGUUCUUGGUGUGCAGGCCAAGGAGGUGCACUUGUGUGGCGAAGAGCGCGCCGUCGACCUUGUACAGGCACUCUGCCGGCUAACCGGAGACAAGGUCGUCAUUCAUCGGUAUGAGCGACUCAGCCCUUUGAAGCCAAUGAACCGAAGCAUAGGAAGUCUCAAGCAUCUCCAGAAAGGCGAUGCCGUGGUAUCAUUUUCGAGAGUUGGCAUUCACGGUCUCAAGAAGACCAUUGAAAAAGCCACGGGAAGGCGCUGCGCCAUUGUCUAUGGCGGUUUACCACCGGAGACGAGAGCUCAGCAAGCUGCCUUGUUCAACGAUCCAGACAACGACUACGACUUUUUGGCGGCUAGUGAUGCCAUCGGAAUGGGACUUAACCUCGAAAUCAAGCGUGUUGUGUUUGAAGCUACGCACAAGCGAAAGAGAAGUGGGUAUCAGCCUCUCUCAGUAUCAGAUAUCAAGCAAAUUGGUGGUCGUGCUGGUCGCUACCGGACAGCACAACAAGCUGUCAGAGAAGGUGCAGAGACAGACAACCAAGACGCCCAGAAACGGCCACCGACGCCGAAGAAGCAGAUCGGAUUAGUUACGGCCAUUGAGGACGAGGACCUCGAGACUAUCCAGCAAGCCUUCUCGCAGGACCCUGAUCAACUCAAGACAGCGGGCAUCCAGGUCCCAUCUGCUGUACUGGAACGCUUUUCGACAUAUUUUCCUCCCAAUACCCCCUUCAGUUAUAUCAUCUUGCGACUAUACGACAUAGCCAGAAUAUCGCCAAGAUUCCACAUGUGUAACCUGAAUGACCUUGUGGAAAUUUCUGAUCUGAUCCAACCGUUUCCCAUGUCGGUCUUUGACAGGUGCAUUUUCCUCACCGCUCCGGUCUCCAUGCGAGACGCCAACGGCAAGCAAAUGGUUCAAGCCUUUGCCAGAUGUGUUUCAGACAUGGACGGUGGUCACCUUUUGGACAUACCUGAGGUCGAGCUUGAGCUUCUGGACAUGGAUGUGGACAGUUAUCCCUAUGGCCCAGCUAAUUUUUUGCGCAAACUUGAAGAGCUUCACAAGGCGAUUACUCUCUACCUGUGGCUCAGCUACCGCUACUCGGGCAUCUUCCGGAGUCAACAUCUUGCAUUUCAUGUCAAGGCCUUGGUUGAAAGUAAGAUCGACGAGCAACUCAACGCAAUAACCGUGUCUGAAGAAUCUCGCAAAGCUAGGGUUGCUAGUACUCGUAGAGAGGCACGUCAGAGGCAGCGGAAGAAGCAGGACAUCCUUGGUGAGGAUAAUUUGCAGACCCCUGGAGAACCAAGCCACGAUGGCCCCGGCGACUGGAAUGAAGCAGGUCACCAGGAGCCCCUUUACCAAGAUGCUGCCGAGGUACAAGAUCUUGCUGGAGACAACACCGAGGCGCACUCGAAAUCUGUAUAA